AUGGUGUUCCAAAAGUCAGCAAGGAGAGACGGUCUUGGUGUCGUAUCGGUGUCAUCGUACGUGUUGCUGUCAUUCUUAGCCCAAGCCGCGCUAGCUCAAAAUGCGACGAUCGCUAGCGGCCAGGGUGCAUCGGCAGGAGUGACGUCGACAAGCCCGGAUAACCCUGGGGGCGAAACAUCAGCGAUCGACUACGCGCAAGUUGCUCGGGACGUGGUGGUCGCGGGCCUUUCCAAAGUGCCGCCCUCUGUGAUACGAAGACUGCUGGAAGCCGACGUGCGGCCCGAGUGCAGCACGGCACUUGUCCGUACUAUGCGAGCCUUCCAGGACCUCGAGCCGUGGGCCCUGAGACUUUUCGACGCUAGUGGAAAGUACCCCACGGGGCUCUUCGAGGCUGCGCAUGUGGACCUGGGCUCGUUCGACGAAUGCCUCGAGACCGCUGUGCGGGACCGGUACGGAAACGUGUUGUCCCGGGGCCAGUACUGCAACUUGCUUGUCUAUACUAAAAAUGCGACAGCUAUGGAACUAGCGAACACCAUCUCCGAGGCAUUUCAUCCGAGGCUCCGCUAUUUCAGUGAAUACGUUUUUACUCCUGGAGACCCUAUUGCUCGUCUAGGAGUAUGCUUUCUCGAUGACUGUACCCAACAUGACCUACAUGCUUUGGCCAACUCAGUGAGCCUUCCUUCCAUCCGUCUUGAAAUGUCGAACUGCGUGACAGCAGAACCGAAGCCGUGGAGUCAUAUACAAAUAGGCAUUGUGUAA